UUGACAUCGAUUUCCUCUUCAGAGUAUAACGGUUGUUCGCAUUCAAUUGUGCUGGUUUGUUGACGUUGGCCGGGGUAGUUAGUAACGGGGGGGUGGGAGUCGUUGUUUAAGCACCGGUGUCAGACGGGCUAGCCGGCUAACGAGCUAGCUUAAAUGGGUUUGCAGGUUAAAAGAUGAUCGCCUCACUCUCCAGAGGAAGUUUGCUGGACGAGGUCCUUCACGGCAGCUUCAACGAGCAACAACUGACCACGUACGUCUCCUGGGUCAACGCUCAGCUGAAGAAGAAGCCGGGGCUGAAGCCCAUCACCAACCUGAGACUGGACCUCCAGGAUGGAGUGGUGCUCACACAGCUGAUCGAGAUAGUUGCUGGUGAAGUUCUGGAGGGAGUUUCUGAGACUCCACAGAACAAAGAGGAGAGCAGGAGGAAUGUGGAGCAGGUCCUGCACUUUAUUACCUCCAGGCACAUACGGAUGCCACACAUAUCUGCACGGGACAUCGUGGACGGGAACCUGAAGUCCGUCAUGAGGAUCAUCCUGGCUCUGGCUGCACACUUCAAACCCUCGGCCAAUCACAGGACGGCCGCUGCUGCAGGUGGGAGGACCGGGCUCAGAGGCUGCGUCCCCCACAAUCCUCUCUCCACCGUGGCGUUAGCCCAGGGGGCGGCAGCCGCGCUGGCGUCCGCUCGUUUUGACGCCUCACAGCCGUCACGUGUCGCUCGCGUUAACAGUGGUGGGGGUUUGGAUGAGGGGAGGAGUGUGUGUGUCCGUGCCCUGGUGGAGCAGUAUGAGAGGGGGUCACCUGAUGAACAGGACUCUCCUCAGACAAACAGCUCCGUCAGCCCACUGCCGCAAGACAGAGCGCCCCCCGGUGGCCAGUCGGACGGACUAGAGAAAGAGUACCAGCAGCAGCAAAGCACCGCAGAGUCGUCUCUUGACGUAGGGACGACGUUGGACGAUUCCCUCAGUGAGGAGCUGGAGAAGGAGGUGCAGGAGACGCGGAAAAUGGUGUCUGCUUUACAGGCUCUGCUGCUGCAGGGCUCCCUCCCUGAGGAGGAGGAGGAGGAGGACGUCUCCCUACAUGUGGACCAGUGUGACCCAGAACAGCAGCUGACGGUCGUCCGCAGUCGUCUGGACCAGAGCAUGGAGGAGGUGCAGGAGCUGAAGAGGGAGGUGUUGAGGUGUAAACAGGAGUUGAGAACCCUCCAGGGAGUCAAGGUGGCGCAGCAGCAGAGACUGUGCUCCCAGGAGUCGUCCAUACUGCAGAUGAAGCAGGAGCUCCUCAGAGCCAGCAUGAGCAGAGACGAGCUCAACAACCAGAAGGCAGAGCUGCAGUGGAAGCUGGAGGAGAGCAACAGACUGUGGACUGAGUGUAAGAAGGAGGUGGGACAGAAGGAGCGACUGCUGCAGCAGCUCAGGCUCAGACUGGAGGAGAGUCAGAAGCAGCAGACUGACCUGCAGAGGGAGCUAGAGAAUAAAACCAACCUGCUGCAGGGGCUGAUGGGUAGAGACCUCCAACAGACUCCUCCCAGCACAGACAUCAACAGUGGAGGUUCUCCUCACUCUGGAGCUCCAGCUGUGUCUCUGUCAGACCAGGCGGAGGAGGUCCAGCUGCUCAGAGAUUCUCUGGAGAGCCUGAGGAACAACUUCAGGGACCACGCCCCACAGCACCACACCCUGGACACACUGGAGCAGGGCAUCGUGUCCCUGAUGGACAGACUGCAGGUCCUGCACGCUCACAGGGGAAGAGUCAGUUCUCCACGCCGCAAAGGUCAGCGCUCAGACCACGACCCCUGGUCCUGUACAAAGCCUCAGAGUGGGUCUGCUGCUGCUGCUGCCACCAAGAUACUCUACUUCACUGGGAAGUCGGCCACUCCAUCCAUGAUCACUAUACACAAAAGACUGGGUGAAGUCACGCUGAAGGACGUGAAGGCAGCAGUGGACCAGGAAGGAAACUACAGGUACCACUUCAAGGCCCUGGACCCCGAGUUUGGCACAGUGAAAGAGGAGGUCUACCUGGACGGGGCAGUUGUUCCAGGAUGGGAAGGAAAAAUAGUGGCCUGGGUGGAGGAGGACCGAGGUGAUGAAAGACCCCUGUAGGUUCUGGACACGUCAGUAUCACAAAGGUCCAGCAGGACUGUGGAAAGGUUAAGUACUGGUCAGUACUGGUCAGUACUGGUACUGAAGGGUCUGGAUGACGUCAUGCCACAGAGAGAGUGUGAAGGAACCGUUGUAAAAGUCAGUGCCUUCAGAGUGACUGCAGCAGAGGAACUGGCCUCAGAUCGUCCAGCAGGUGGCAGCGUCUCCUUCUGUUCCUCCUGCAGCUGCGUCACCUCAAUGUCGUACACUGUUGUUUAGGACAGUUACAGUUACAGCUGAUUAUGUGAAUGAUAAUCUCGUUUAAAAAAAAGGAAAUAUUCCGAGACACGUACUACUGCAAGUAUUACCUUUUGUAUUAUUGAAAUGUAAAAGAAAACUGUAAGAAAACACACGUGAAUGUAUUCCAACAUUUAGGAAAAACUUAAAACUACUGUCGAUGAAAUCUACUUUUUUUUUGUUCUGGUAGAAAAUCCCAUGAUCAGAGUCGUAGCUGAGUUAUUUACUUGAUGAAGUAGUU